AUGCUCUCACUUGUUAAGUCUUUGAAAUUGCACAAGGAUAGGAUAUGGAGUAUUGAUGAGAGUAAUGGACUUUUAGCAACCGGCUCCUCAGACCGCUGUAUUAAAAUAGUAAAUUUAAAAGAUAAUAAGUUCGAGCUAGUAGACGAACUCGAUGACACGGUGCAUAAAAAGGCAAUUAGAUCUGUAUCAUGGAGACCACAUUCAAUGCUUUUAGCAGCUGGAUCGUUUGAUUCGACAAUUUCCAUCUGGAAUAGAGAAGAAUCUGGUGAUGAACUAUCAUCUGGAGUUUUGGAAAUGGAGUUAUUGGCUAUAAUUGAAGGCCAUGAAAAUGAAGUUAAAAGUGUGGCAUGGUCCAACGACGGUCUGUAUUUGGCUUCAUGCUCUAGAGAUAAGAGUGUUUGGAUCUGGGAAGCUGACGAAACAGGUGAAGAAUACGAAUGUAUCAGUGUGCUUCAGGAACACUCGCAGGAUGUAAAACAUGUCAUUUGGCAUCCAAGCCUACAAUUACUUGCUUCAAGCUCUUAUGAUGAUACUAUAAGGAUAUGGAACGAUUUUGAUGACGAUUGGGAAGCUGUUGCUGUGCUUACUGGUCAUGAAGGAACUGUAUGGUCAUCAGAUUUCGAAGAAGUGGAAUCGAACCUUAGAUUGUGCAGUGGCAGUGAUGACUCUACGGUACGUGUGUGGAAAUACCUCGGUGAUGAUGAGGACGAUCAGCAGAAAUGGAUUUGUCAAUCAAUCUUACCGCAGAUACAUACCAGGGCCAUCUAUAGUGUUGCGUGGGGAACAAAUGGUUUGAUUGCAAGUACUGGCUCCGACGGAUUGCUUGCAAUAUAUCAAGAGAAAGAAGAGGGGCAAUGGGAGAUAAUCGCUAAACGGGCCUUGGCUCAUGGAGUGCUUGAAACAAAUAUUGUUAAAUGGCUGCAAAUUGAUGGGAACAUACUACUUGCGACAGGCGGUGAUGAUGGCUACGUCAAUAUAUGGAAAUUGAAAGAGACAUAA